UCAUUUGCAUGGCAAUCUCAUUGGGAAUGAGGGUAUAAGAGCAUUGAUGUCAGGUUUAUCUGCCCAUAAAGGGAAAAUCACACUACUAGACAUUGGAAACAAUGAAAUCGGCUCAAAAGGUGCUUUCCAUGUUGCUGAGUACAUCAAGAAAUCCAAAUCUUUGCUUUGGUUGAAUUUGUACAUGAAUGACAUUGGUGAUGAGGGAGCUGAAAGGAUUGCUGAUGCAUUAAAGGAGAACCGGACAAUAACAACAAUAGAUUUGGGCGGUAAUAACAUCCAUGCAAAAGGAGCGAGUGAAAUAGCUCGUGCUUUAAAAGAUAACUCUGUCCUAACAACUUUGGAAUUAGGCUACAAUCCCAUUGGACCAGAAGGUGUAAAGGCUUUAUGUGACAUUCUCAAGUUCCACGGGAAGGUAGAAACAUUAAAGCUUGGUUGGUGCCAGAUAGGACCAAAGGGUGCUGAGUACAUUGCAGAUGCAUUGAAGUACAACACGACUUUGUCUACUCUUGAUUUACGGGCAAAUGGACUUGGCGAUGAUGGUGCUGUCCGCUUGGCUCAAAGCUUGAAAAUUGUGAAUGAAGCCUUGACAUCGCUUGACUUGGGUUUCAAUGAAAUAAGAGAUAAAGGUGCAUUUGCUCUGGCUCAGGCUCUUAAGGCUAACGAAGAUCUUGCAGUUACAUCACUGAACCUUUCAAGCAAUUUUUUUACCAAAUACGGACAGGUUGCUUUAACGGAAGCUCGUGAUCAUGUUUAUGAGAUGAGUGAGAAGGAGAUUAAUAUAUGUUUUUAGGUCCUAUUUAUGCCAGUGACUGUUAAAUUCAAAUUCUCUUUCAGUCCGUUCCACUUUCAGAAGGCUUGCGUGGUCUUGCAGUUUGCUGGUGUUAUGUUUGAUGCGUUGAGGAGGUUGGCCAUGUGUGAUGUCUUGUUGGGAAAAAGAGGGGAUAUGUUCAAUGAGAAAACCUGAUAACUUUGCAUGAUAGCAAGACAAAAUUUUGUUUUAUGUUCUUAAGUACAUUAAAUUUUAUUACUAAUUUUAACUUAUAUAACUGGAAAUGUGGGAUUUAAUGUGCCCUUGUUCUGUGGUGCCGAUUUUUCAUGAGGAUUAAAUGCUAUGAUUUUAUUUGCUGAGU